AUGAAGGCCUUUGCUUUCAUCAGUACUGAGCAGUGGCAUCACAUCUUUGUGCUUCAUGAAGAGGAUUACUCCAGUACAGAAAUAGCCAAGAAAGUGAAAUGUCAUUGCACCAUGUGCAUCGCAGACUGCUUGCCAGAGGGCUUAAAGGCUGCAGGGCUUGAAGUAAACCUUUGCUCACAGACGCUCACCACUCUUGUCGAUGUGCGUAGGCCAAGAAAAUGUGGAACAAGGCCUGCUAUGGAUGAGACAGUAUCAAUCAAUCGGAUUGUAGGAGGACGCGAUGCUCCACUUGGAGCAUGGCCAUGGCAAGUUAGUCUUCAAGUUUACAGCUUAGGUGUAGGAUACCAUCAUAUCUGUGGUGGAGUAGUAAUUACUAACAACUCAUUACUGACAGCAGCACACUGCAUUAAAAGAUGGAAGAACCCAGCCAUUUGGAGGGUUGUAAUUGGCUUGCAUAAUCUUAAUGAAGUUAACUGUCAUACAAUAAAGCGUCGGAUUAAAGCUAUCAAUAUACAUCCUAAUUAUAUGUCAGACACAUAUGACAAUGAUAUUGCUUUGAUAAUACUAGUCCGAUCUAUCAAAUUCAAUGACUAUGUUCGCCCAAUCUGCUUACCUGCCACAAAUCUUUCGAUAAAUCAGCAGUAUCCCUGUUACAUAUCUGGAUGGGAAUUGAAGAAUGAGCGUAAUCCUCCCCUCAGGAAAAAUGUAAUAGACAAUUACAGUAGCUCUGACUUGCAAAAAAACUGA